AGAGAAUGUCAAUUACACCCUUUUCGACGAGAAGUUAAGCAAACUAUUCCCCGCCACAAAAAGAGAGAAUUUGAUAGAUAAGAUCACAUUGUGUGGUCAAAGAACGCCACCACGGAAACGCCUCGCCACUGCGCGUCAGUGUCCUCCCUCUCGUCGCCGUUGACAUACUCUAAUGGCGUUGCAUGUUCAAGUUGAUAGGGCGGGAUUAAAUCCUGUAAUGUUGAAUUCCUCACGCUUGUCUUCCAAUAAGUUUGUAGCCUGCGGCGUCGUGGGGGGUCAUGGAUGCAAGCCCAAAUGUGGAGGACGACUGACCUUGAAGGUGAAUGCGAGCUUGGAAUCUACCUCUGCUUCUGCUCCGGCGCUGGGUAAGGUGACCGAGGUAAACAAAGAUACCUUUUGGCCUAUUGUUGAAGCCGCCGGUGAUAAGCCCGUCGUCGUCGAUAUGUAUACCCAGUGGUGUGGUCCUUGCAAAAUUAUGGCUCCCAAAUUUGAAGAAAUGUCUGUGAAGUAUCUUGAUGUUGUCUUUCUAAAGUUGGACUGCAACCAGGAUAACAAGCCAUUGGCCAAGGAGCUGGGCAUAAGGGUGGUUCCUACAUUCAAGAUUCUUAAGGGUGGCAAGAUUGUCCAAGAAGUAACCGGAGCCAAAUUAGAUGAUUUAGUUGUGGCUAUUGAGAAUGCAAGGUCAGACUAGAAUUCUUCCAUUUGUUUGCAUUGUGCAAUCGUGUGCAUAUAAUGCAAUCUAGUGGCAUGGAUAUAAUGUAACGAUAGUAACUGUACUGUUUUUCUGGUUUAUGUGUAUAGAGUGUAAUAUAAUAAAUGAAUCCAUAAGGAAGCUUCACCUAUGGUCCUCACUCCUCAUAAACUUGUUGAAUAUGGUGGCAUGGUUUAGAGGAAGCGGUCCAGCCCAGCUGGUCGCCGACUCACUCUCCCUUACGGGAGGUCUCGGGUUCGAAACUCAAUGGAGUGAGUUUUAGUCCUGAUUACUCCAGGCCUACCCAGCCCCCCUCCCCCAGACGCCCCCUGGAGUAAAAAAAAUGGUGGCAUGGUUUAGUGAUAUAAAAGCAGAUCCUUUUUUUAUUAAUGCCUUAUAUAUUUAUUUGAAAAUAGAUGACAAAUGAGAG